GUCCUCCUCGACUCACAGAAGGGGACCAAGCUCACGGACUUUGGCGAGUCCCGUGAGAUGGACGAAGACACGCUCACAAACGGUAUCGGCACGUACCAGUGGAUGGCGCCCGAGAUUUCCACGGGCCACGACUACUCGACCGCCGCUGACGUCUACUCGUUUGGGGUCUUGCUCUCCGAGUACUCGACGCAUCGUGUGCCGUACGCCGACAUGGUCAACCCGCGCACAAACAAGCCCAUGCAUCAGCAGUAUUUGAUGCACCAGGUCGCGGCGGGCGAGCUCGCGCCAACGUUCGAGACGGCGACGACGCCGGCGUGGGUUGUGGACCUCGCGUCGCAGUGCUUGUCGUGC